GAAGAGGAUGGCUCUUUAUUAGUUCAAUUCGGUAAAAAUUUCCUCACGCGCGAUGUCCUGAAGACCCAAUAUGCUGGCUUUUACAAAUAUCCCUGCAAAUGUGCAUCAUUAGAAAGUUGUGCAGUUUCGCAUUUUGCAAAUAAGUGGCAUGUAGACAAAGUUUUGGCAUUCGCAGCAGUACCAUUCAUGGGACUUAAUGUGUGGGUACGCAGAUGAAAAAUGUGCAUAGAAAAGUCACCUUCUGUAAAAGGGAAGAAAAAACACUCGAGUGAGCAAAAUAAACAAGUAACCAGACGAAUGUAAAAGAACAAACUAAUUAAAUGGAAUUCUUUCUUCGAUGGCGUAGACUUCUUUGCACUGACUUCCACAUUGCAGAAGAAAUGCCAGCAAUUUGUGUCAAAGUUUCGAAUGGUAUUACUUUGAGGGCAUCUGCAACAAACUAAGCAUCAAACUUUUCUCACAGAGGAAAAUUCCUCAGAAGGAGGCUCACUCCCAAGUUUCCCUCGUCAUCAAUAGAUAAAGAGUGACUUUUCAGCUAAAAUGACAAAAGUUGAUUGCUUCAAGAAGUUCUUCCUCAAGAUUUUGCUCCAAUUCACCGUACUCCUCUCCUUGGCUACAGGACACAGCCAGAUGCCAAAUGGUGAACUAGAGCCGGAGUUUCUGGCACCCCUGGAGAAUCUAACAGUGACCCAGGGCAGGGAUGUUUCUUUCACGUGUGUCGCCAACAAUUUAGGUGAAUACAGGGUGGCAUGGAUAAAGUCAGACUCCAAAGCGAUUCUGGCUAUUCAUACUCACAUGGUGGCACUAAAUCCACGAUUAAGUGUGACACACAAUGGCCACAAUACGUGGAAAUUGCACAUAUCACAUGUUCAACUUAACGAUUCAGGCAGUUAUAUGUGUCAGGUGAACACGGAUCCCAUGCGAAGCCAGUCUGGCUACCUCAGUGUGGUCGUCCCGCCGGAUAUUCUGAAUCAGCCUGACACCAAUAGUGCCACCCAGGAGGAGGGAAUCACCCCCGAAGGUGGGACAGUGCAAUUAGUUUGCUCAGCUACGGGUGUUCCAAUGCCUUCAGUGCAGUGGCGUCGCGAAGGUGGCAAGGAUAUUGUCCUACGGAAUGAGGGAAGAGAUAAACAAGUCAUCAAACACGUCGAUGGGGAACGUCUUACGUUGCAUAAUGUACAGAGAACAGACAUGGGAGCUUAUUUGUGUAUAGCAUCAAAUGGUGUGCCACCCUCAGUCAGCAAAAGAUUCGACGUAAAAGUGAUCUUUGUCCCAGUUGUCCGUGUUGUAAAUCAAUUAGUCGCAGCUCCAGUGGAUCGUCAUGUUCUGCUCCAGUGUGUUGUGGAAGCAUACCCAAAACCUCUAAAUGGAUGGUAUAGACAUGAUGGCACUAAAAUCUACGAGGGGCCAAAAUAUCAAAUGACAGAAGGCAUGAUAAAUUCCUACACUUGGCAGAUGAAUCUCACUGUGAGGAAUUUGCAAUUUGAUGAUUUUCACAGCUAUGUCUGCUCCAGUAUCAAUGGAUUGGGCAAAUCUGAGGCGAGGAUUCGUCUUCAAGAACUGCGACUGCCACCAACCUCAACAACAACCCCAACACCCUAUGUGUACACUACGGCAAAACCAAGGCGAAAGGCCACGCAGAGUCACAUCAAAGCUGCCACAUUUGAUGUCCCCAAGAUCAAGGAGACCGUCGUAACAAAUCAUGUGCAAGAGAAUGAAAUUGCUGGUGCGGCUUUUGAAGUUUUCACACAAGUGCCAGUCAGAACGGGCAUCGAGAAGACACGGAAUACACAAAUGCCUGCAGCCGUUCCGUCGCGACGGACUCCCUGGAUUAAUUUGUACAACCGAUGCAGCAGCGUCACUCACUUCUGCAAUUACUGUCUACUUCUUGUACUACUCCCUGCACUUGUGCGCUACAUUGGACUCUCAGUGUCAUAAGUACAUCCACGGUUUUUCUUCCUCCCCCGCAAACAUCGGGAUUGAGCAUUGUGUAAAUUCCUAAGAGAUCGUUUUCCCUCAUUUUUUUCAUUUCAUUCUUCUCUUCACAAAAAGAAGAUCUCAUCCCACAGGAGACAUCCCCUUCUUGUGUUCCCUGCUUUUUUUUGUGUCGUUAUUUAACCACCCUGACAUCCCACAAAAGCCCUUCUUCCACCUCUUCCAGCGGGUUUCAAGGUAUGAAAUUUAUUGAAAUGAUGGAGCAGCAAAAGGAGCCCGAAGGAGAGGAAUUUCCCAGACACAGACAGAAAAAACGUAAAGAUGUUUGAUAUGAGAAUUUUUAUAAAUUUUAAGAGGAGAGAUUAUAAAAAUAGAUGUCUUCCGUAUUUUUAAUAUAAAAGAAGAAACAUGUCACGGUAAAGAGAAAAAUUACAUUGCUUAAGAGCUCGAUGGAUUUAAGUUUGUUUUGCAGGGAAAAAAGACAUAAAUUUUCUUCCUAGUUAAAUUUGCUGAUAUCUUUGUGUUUUCCACCCAAUCUCCUUACAAAUUUAUUGCGUUUGCCACGCACAAGACCAAAAAUACAUCUUACCCAGGAACAGGAAGCACAAAUGAUGGAUUUGUGACAAUAUUUAGCUCUUUAAUCGAUUGAAAAUCUCAAAGAAAAUUUAAAUUGUUGCAUAAACGACGUGUCUGUAGUUAAAUUAUUGAAAAUAGUUGAAAAGGAUCAGUGAAGGAAUUUUCUUAACUUGCCGAGAGGUUAUGUUGCACUUUUCGAAGUUCUAUCUAAAAAGUGAAAUCUAAAUUUGAAAGUUCCCGUCAGAGCAAGCUUUCACUAUCCCAGUGCCAUCUGAUGUUAAUUUAUUGAGGUAGGCAAUUGUCAAGUCAGUGUGGCAUGCACCAACAUGGCUGACAGACGUUGAAGUACGCGAGUUGACAGAAGAAGUCUCGAUAUUCUGGAGUUAUUCUUGAGUUUUAAUCGAAAUGUGACGUUUUUAUAAAGAUUAGAUAAGAUUAGAUUUAAAACAAGAUGGAAGUUCAUAAGAAACUGGGGAUCACGUGGAUUAGUUAAAAGUAUCAGUUGCAAGAUCGUGUCCUCUCCAAUUCCCUUUAGAAACCCGUAAACCUGGAUGAAUACAGCUUCAUAUGUGAUAAAAUCGAUAAAAUAGUAAUUAAAUUGUACUGCCAGUGACCACUUGUCUACAGAAUGAACAAAAGCGUUAUUUGUCAGCCUUAAGAACCUAUUUUGUCUGCCAGUAAAUACAGCAAUCUCAAAUGUUUGCCUUCGUCUCCCGGAUUCUGAAAGGUUAAUUUCCUCUCCGCUUCUGCUUUCAGCUGUAGACAGCUACACUCAGUCCCGGGAUUAUGCACUUCGGCAUUAUGCACCUGACGGGAUUAUACACAUACAAUUAUGCAAGUUUGCUUACCAUUCGUAUUGAAAAUAAGUUAUCAUAUCACUCCUGAUGGUGAAAACCCUAACCUCAAAAAACUGUGUGAAGUGAAUCGUUCACCGCUUUCAUAAUCGAGUUUUGGCGGUUCAUUAGUGAAAACUUCACUCGAGCUGUCAAGUGAAUCAUUCACCGGCUUCACUUUACUUACAUAAUCCACCGCCAGGAUCAAAGGAAAAAUUAUUGAAAAGUAGUUGGUCCUGUAACAAUUAUUAUUAAUCGUAUCGAGACACUUUAUUUGGUAUUACAAUAUAAUCAUGAAAAUGUUGGAAGAAUCUGCUGAUCGUAGAUCGCCCAGGAACGCCUUCUCCGUAGUUAAUGCUUCUUCCGUGCUCCUGAAGGUUUUUUGGGCAGAAGCGGUGCAUUUUAUUACGUUUUAUCAGAGUGAAAAUGUCUUUUUCUCCACAUUCAGAUGCUUGCACCGGGCGGGACUCGAACUCACAGCUGUGAGAGUCGAGUCAGAGAUCUAACCGCCCAAGACCCAAUGGUCUUGGGUCUUGGGUCUUGGUCGUUACAUUUUUCGAGUGAAUUGAAAAAAAAAUAUUCUAAGGAAAAAAUCCACGGUAAACUGAUCAAUGUCGAUGAAGAAUCCGGAAAUCGUUGGAAAGCGGAAAACACUUAGGAAAAAUACAUCAAUUUUUUCCAGAGCUUUCGGCACAUGGUGGUGUCACAUAAUAAAAUUAACAAUAAGAGUAAGAAAAGACGGAGGAAGAGGUGUGUAGGGGGGACUACGUCAGAAUUAGCCACGGGUAGAAUUAGGUAGUGGAAAGUUAUUCUUUGUAUUUAAAUAUUUUUUUUAUUUAUUAAUAAUAACAAUGCUUUUGAGCCGAUGCUCUUGAAAGCAGAAAAAGGGUACAUGUAAAUAUUAAGAUAUAAAUAUUUGUCAGAAAGAAGUGCUUGCGUCUACCGCCGUCUUAACGUUGGUAAUCAACCUCCAGAGCCAAUCGGUGGGAAUGCUCUUUCUCAGGUUGUAUAAGUCAUCUCCGUCAUUUGAAGAAAAAAUCUUUCUGACGUUUAGGCAAAAGGAAAACAAAACAAACUAAAAUUCCAAAAAGGUUUGGAUAUGCUGCCGUUAUAGUUUGCUUUAGAAAGACUAUUGAGGAAAUCAGUAUUUAUUCCAAGUAAACAUUUCGAUUCCUAAUCAGUGAAAUAUUUAUCAACCUCAUACAUUUUUUUAUUACAAAUUAUACGCAAUGAAACUUUCAUUUCUUGUCUAAUUCUGCCCCGGUCUCCCUUAGUAUGCAAAAUUUCAAGUGGAAAAAAUACGUGUGUUAGAAGGGGGGCACUCUAGUAGAGUAAUACGAUCAGUAAAAUAAUUCUGCUCGUAUUAAUUGUUUUCUGAACUUUCUGAACCACCUGAAAAGCUUUUCGACCAAUUUUUCAUGUGUGCCAACUGUGAUUCUAACAGUUUUCCAGCUAUUUCAUGCUUGCCAACUUUGAACGCAGUGUCCAAAUGUGAGAAAGAAGCAAGGUAUACUUGCUAUCUUUUUCUGUUAUUCUCGCAGUUCAGGAAGUAUUAGUCUUAUAUCGACGACUCAGAAUAUAAGUCGAGCAACUCAAUUUUUUACAAAAAUCGUUUUAUUCGCUUUUUGGAUACUUUUUUAUACCCUCUACCUUCCCUGUGAAUGUAAUACUUGAAAGAUAAAUAUUUUCAAAAUCAUAGAGAUUUUAAAUCUCAAGAAUUCUAUAUUCUGCAAGUAAAAUCUCAGCUUCAAAUCGCUCUUCUGUAAAAUUUGCUUACUGCGAGUUAUUCGUUUCUUAUUCUAAGCGAUCGAUAUGUGACACCACGAUCAGUAUCCAAAACUUCAUCAAUGAUCAAGUCCUUGUAUUCCUUUCUGUUGUUCGUUCAAUAUCAUCAGACUUUUUGAAUUCGGCAUACACAGUAAAAAUACUUACUACUUGGGUUGUAUUUCCUGUUUGUUAUAGUUGAGCUUAAUACGAUAAAGUAACUAGUAAUUGUUAUCUCUGGAUUUUAGGGAAGAUUAAGGCAAUGGAACACUACUGAUGGAUUUAUGUCUACACAGAAAAAAAUAUUUUGUAAAAAUGUUUGUGAAUUCCUAUGGGGAAGUUACAAAAUGCUCGUGAAUCGUAUAACCCACAAAAAAGUUCGUAAAAGUUUGUACUUUUUUCACAAACAUUGUCCGUAACAUAAUCAUUUGACGAACAUUUUUUGUACUUUUACAAGCAUUUGUUCGUAAAUGUUCGUAAACACACAAAAAAUAUUCGUAAAAUUUUGUGAUUUGUUUGUAAAUGUUCGUAAAAUGUUCAACAGGAAAACAAACAUUUACGAACAAAUGACAAAAUUUUACGAACAUUUUUUGUAAGUUUACGAACUUUCACGAACAAAUGUUUGUAAAAUUACAAAAAAUGUUCGUCAAAUGAUUAUGUUACGAACAAUGUUUGCGAGAAAAGUACAAACUUUUACGAACUUCUUUGUGGGUUAUACGAUUCACGAGCAUUUUGUAACUCCCCCAUAAAAAUUCACAAACAUUUACAAACAUUUUUACAAAAUAUUUUUUUCUGUGUACCAUUUCUUCAGAGGACAUGAAUCUUUGUAUCUGUUCGUAUAGGUCGCGUCCUCUGAUGCCUAAUAUCUAUUUAAAAAUUACAGUGUUUAUUGCUAAAUGCCCCGUAUUUAUUUCUGCCCCUUCUGCUCUAUUUUCCCCUAUAGCUUUGGAAAUAAAUAAAGAAUAAAAGUUAAACAUUCAAAAUGAGUUCUUACAGAUUAUGUUGCUUUCAAACAAAACAUUAUUUCGCAACAUAAGCUCUUGUCUGUUUAAGAAAUUCCUUUUAAAAAUAGCUAAAUUGAGUUACGAUGGAAGUACCAAGAAAUAGGGGUUAUAUUAAAACUUAUAAAAGGUUAAAUCCUAAUCUUUUUAUCAGAAUUUCCAAGACGUUUUGUUUUUGUAAAAAAAAAUUAUUCUUUGGCCUUGAAUACACUGAAUUACAAAACUUCUUUCUUAUUUUGCUUCCUUUUAAUUAAAUAUUUGAGGCAACACAAAAUCAUAUUUGCUUUAUGAAAAGUUCUUAAAACUGGUUAGGAUAUUAGAAUGAAAUAUUUACCAGAGCAGUAGUUUUCUUUAUUAAUUUCAAUGAAAUGCCAAACACAGAUUUACAAAACAAUUGUAAUUGUGCGUUGCCCAUUAGGAGGAAUUAAAGUGUAACCGAACAUUUUUUCCCCAUUAAAUGAAAUAUCAGAGAAAAUGUUAAAUAAAAAAUACCUUACGUAUAUUGCAGAUGAAUAAAGAUUCUCUAUAAAAUUGUACAUAAAUUGAUCGUGUUAAUAUCUAAAGAAAAAGAAAUUAAAAAAAAAGAAAAUUUUAAUGGUGAAAGAAACUGAUGACAUCUCUAAACUAA